AAUGGCAGCGGGAGUUUCAGACGAGAAGAAUCUCUCUCUCUCCAACUAGUCCGGUCAUCGAAGACAAACUUACGACCGCGUCCACUCUCUUAUAACUCCACACUCUUCUUCUCCUUCUUCCCUCAUCGAUCUCUUUCCUCCAUCUCUGGAUUUUCGCCGCCAUGGAUGGAUCAUCAGCAGCUCCUUUCCUCGCAAAGAUAUACGAAAUGAUCGAAGACCCAAUUACCGAUUCCAUUGUUUCAUGGAGCUUCAAUGGCCGUAGUUUCAUUGUAUGGAAUCCUCUAGAUUUCUCUAGAGAUCUUCUUCCCCAAUAUUUCAAGCACAAUAACUUCUCCAGCUUCAUUCGACAACUCAAUACGUAUGGUUUUAGAAAGAUUGAUCCUGAGCAUUGGGAGUUUGCAAAUGAGGAAUUCAUCAGGGGACAUAAACAUCUGUUAAAGAACAUUCAUAGACGUAAACCAAUUCAUAGUCAUUCUGGAUCAUCAGUUCCAUUAACUGAUUCAGAACGUCAGGAAUUUGUUGAAGAAAUUGAGAAAUUGAAGCAGGAUAAGAGAUUGCUGGAACUGGGUUUACAGAAGGAAGUUGAAGAAAAGAAAAGAUAUGAACUUGAAGUAGAAUUAGUUGGUGAACGUUUGAAAGUUAUUCAAAACAGACAAAUGAAAAUGAUAAAGUUAUUAAUGGAGGAACAGAAACCCACAAAGAUUGGGAAUAAGAAGAGAAGAAGAUUGUUCAUUGGAUUUGGAUUUGGAGAUAAUGUAAAUCAUGAUGAAGCCAUUGAAGAGCUUGAAUCAUCUCUGAAACAUUUGGAAGAUCUUGUGUAUGAUGAUGAUUUAAGAAUAGUUGAUUCAACUGGACAGGACAUAUCAUCGACUGGUUCAAGUGAUGUUCAAUUAUCUCCAUUGUUGAAUCAUGAAAAGAGCCCAGAUUUAUCAUUUGUGAAUCUAAACAUUGAUUCAGAGGCUAAAUCUUGUGAGGUUGAAGAAGAAGAAGAAAGAGGGGAAGUAAAUGAUGGAUUUUGGGAACAGUUUUUUACAUAGAGUCCUUUAAUUGAUAUGAAGAAGUCGAGUUUGCAAGAAGAGAUUUAUUAUAAUUGCGUGUAAUUGUUUUAAUAAUUAGAAAUAUAAAUUUAUAACAAAAUAUUAAAUAUAUUUAUCUUUCAAAUUUUGGUUUCUUACCUUUUGAUUUUGAUAGAUGACUUAGAAGCAGAAAUGAUUGGAGUGAGAUUGGUGAAGAAAAUUUUAGAGGAAAUAAUGUAUUGAUGUGACCAAAUUUGUUGAAAAUUAAUAAUUUUUUUCUAUUUUUUCACUUCA